AACAUAUCUCAAAAACAUGGAAAUUCCAAAAGACUUAAACCCAAUCCAACAAAAAAAUUUGUAAAACAAGCUAUUCACUAUUUUAUCAACAAUGAUCUAUUGUAUCGAAAAAAUAAAGAUAAAAACAGACUGGCACUACGA